UCCUCCAUUUUCAUUUUCCAUUUUCACCAAAAUUCUUCAAAUCUAUCUUCCUUUCUCUACUGUUCUUCAAUCCUAAUCACUUCACAUCUUGAUCUUGGUUUUAAAUGGCGGACAGUUGCGGCCGAAAGCUCUUCGUUGAGGUCUGUAACGCCAAGAAUUUGAUGCCCAAGGACGGCCAAGGAACGGCCAGUGCUUAUGCGAUUGUCGAUUUCGAAGGCCAGCGGCGACGUACCAAGACGAAAUUUCGAGAUCUCAAUCCUCAAUGGGACGAGAAGCACGAGUUUCUUGUUCACGACAUGGAGGCUAUGGCUUCCGAGAUUUUGGAGGUUAAUUUGUAUAAUGAUAAGAAGACGGGGAAAAGAAGCACGUUUCUUGGUAAGGUUAAGGUCGCUGGAACUUCUUUUUCCAAAUCUGGAUCGGAAUCGCUUAUUUAUUAUCCUUUAGAGAAACGUAGUGUGUUCUCUCAGAUUAAGGGAGAAUUAGGUCUCAAGGUUUAUUAUGUCGAUGAAGAUCCACCUGCUGGUGGUGCUGUUGCUGAAUCUGAGCAGAAACCCGAGACUACUCCAGUAGCUGAGGAGAAACCCCCUGAGAAUCAGGAGGGAAAGGAAUCGAAAGUCAAGGAAGAGGAGAAGAAAGAAGAAGAGAAGCCGAAGGAAGAACCAAAAGCAGAGGAAAAGUCUAACGAAAAUCCACCGGAAAAUCCUAAACCAGAGGAAUCCCCGGCUGUUGAACCUGAGAAGCCCGUAGAAGUGGAGAAUCCGCCAAUUGCACAUACGGAAAAGCCAAAGCAAAUGCGGAAGGCGAAAUCGGAAACAGAGAAACUUGCCGAUUUAUCCGUCAAUGAUCUUGAGCUUCGUUCUGAUCGAAGUCGUAGGGCGUACGAUCUUGUUGAUCGAAUGCCGUUUCUCUACGUUCGGGUCGUAAAGGCAAAAAGAGAAUCCUCCGAUGGUGGAUCCUCCUCCAUGUACGCAAAGCUCGUGAUCGGAACCCACAGUAUCAAAACGAAGAGCCAGAGCGAGAAAGAUUGGGAUCAAGUAUUCGCGUUCGACAAAGAAGGUUUGAACUCCACAUCUCUUGAAGUAUCUGUUUGGGCUGAGGAAAAGAAAGAGAACGAAGAUCAGAAAGCGGAGAAUUGUUUAGGAACAGUAUCGUUUGACCUGCAGGAAGUUCCAAAAAGAGUACCGCCAGACAGUCCUCUAGCUCCGCAAUGGUACUCUCUGGAAUCUGAUAAAUCGCCGGGAAAUGACGUCAUGCUCGCUGUCUGGUUAGGAACUCAGGCUGACGAGGCGUUUCAAGAGGCUUGGCAGUCAGACUCCGGCGGGAUGAUACCGGAGACCCGAGCCAAAGUGUACCUCUCUCCGAAGCUGUGGUAUCUGAGAUUAACGGUCAUCCAAACCCAGGAUUUGCAGUUCGAUUCGGCUUCCGAACCUAAGUCUCGAAACCUCGAGCUUUACGUUAAAGGUCAGCUUGGUCCACAAGUUUUCAAAACGGGAAGGACUGCUGUCGGCUCAGCUAACCCCACAUGGAACGAGGAUUUGGUAUUUGUAGCAGCCGAGCCGUUUGAGCCGUUUUUGGUAGUCACGGUAGAGGACGUGACAAAUGGAAAAUCAGUGGGCCAAGCGAAAAUCCACAUGGCAAGCAUCGAGAAGAGAACCGACGAUCGGACAGACACAAAGUCACGAUGGUUCAAUUUAGUCGGAGACGAAACCCGCCCUUACACUGGCAGAAUCCACCUCCGAAUCUGCUUAGAAGGCGGGUAUCACGUGCUGGACGAAGCAGCGCACGUGACAAGCGAUGUCAGAGCCGCAGCGAAACAAUUAGCAAAGCCACCAAUCGGACUCCUGGAAGUCGGGAUUCGCAGCGCUAGUAAUCUUCUCCCGGUGAAAACAAAAGAUGGUACUCGUGGCACCAUAGACGCUUACGUGGUAGCCAAAUACGGCCCGAAAUGGGUUCGAACACGCACGAUCCUGGACCGGUUCAAUCCACGCUGGAACGAACAGUACACGUGGGAUGUAUACGAUCCUUGCACCGUCCUCACCAUCGGCGUAUUCGACAACGGUAGAUACACCCGCCAAGAAAACGACGGCGUUUUAAAACAGCCCGGAAAAGACCUACGUGUCGGAAAAGUACGAAUCCGAUUGUCGAGUCUCGACAUCAAUCAGGUGUACUCAACAGCAUACUCCCUUACGGUGUUACUCCCUACCGGCGCCAAGAAAAUGGGAGACCUUGAAAUUGCCGUCCGAUUCUCCACCUUCUCAUGGCUAAGCUUAAUCCAAUCAUAUUCAACCCCAAUACUUCCAAGAAUGCAUUACAUCCGUCCGUUGGGCCCAACCCAACAAGACAUCCUCCGCCACACCGCUAUGAGAAUCGUUACAACCCGACUAGCCCGGUCCGAACCAGCCAUGGGUCAUGAAGUGGUUCAAUACAUGCUCGACUCAGACACACACGUGUGGAGCAUGCGAAGAAGCAAAGCGAAUUGGUUCCGUGUUAUCGGUUGUCUCUCACGCGCCGUCGCCAUCGCACGUUGGUUUGACGAAAUCCGCACGUGGGUCCACCCACCAACCACCGUCCUCAUGCACAUUCUCUUAAUCGCCGUCGUCUUAUGCCCUAACUUAAUCCUCCCAACUCUCUUCAUGUACGCUUUCUUAAUCCUGACCUUUCGAUUCCGUUACCGUCACCGGACUUCCCACAACAUGGACCCCAGAUUAUCGUACGUGGACUUCGUAAGCACCGACGAACUGGAUGAGGAGUUCGAUGGAUUCCCGUCCGCACGAUCUGCUGACCAGAUUCGGGUGAGAUACGACCGACUGAGAGCACUUGGAGGUAGGGCCCAAGUGUUGUUGGGUGACGUGGCGGCUCAAGGGGAGCGUUUGGAAGCGUUGUUUAAUUGGAGGGACCCUCGAGCCACGGGAAUAUUUGUGGUCAUUUGUUUGGGAGCCUCGCUUUUGUUCUAUGCGGUGCCGUUUAAGGCUUUUCUCUUCGGAUUUGGAUUUUAUUACUUCCGCCAUCCCCGGUUUCGUGGCGAUAUGCCAUCCGUUCCGGCUAAUUUUUUCCGGCGUUUGCCCUCUCUUUCCGAUCAAAUGAUCUGAUGGCCGAUCGGGCUUACUAUUUUUUUUUUCUUUUUUGGCCACCACAGUGAGCUUAACAACCUCUUCUUUUGGGGUUUAUUAUCUCUAAUUUAUUCUUUGGUUUUAAUGAAAAAUAAUCAUUUUAAUUUGAA